GCGACGGGAGGUGGCCCAAAGCGAGCAUCUCGCGAAUUUCCGGCAGCUGCAGCUGGCCGGGAGCGAUGCAACUCCGCUGGGGCCAGAAAGCGAUUGGCAGACUUUGCCCUUGGUGGCAGUGAAGCGGGAGUGCUUGACCACCAAAGGCUGGGGUCUCGGAGUUUGCGGAUGUUGCAUAGCUUGCAACUAGUGACUCGCGGUCGCCACUGGGUAUACAAUUGUAUCUCAAAGCAGCAAGUUGCCAUUGGAAGAACGGCACAGCACCCUCAAGGCAAGGAGCUUCACGAGGCAGCUGGUGCGGGCAGCGCAGCGGCCGUGAUCUCUUUGCUGGAGGAGCCGCAGGACCCAAAUCAGAUAGAUGACGCUGGUGCAUCAGCCUUGCACUGGGCCGCGAAGAACGGCCGACAAGAAGUUGCUCGCGUACUGUUGGAAGCUGGCGCUGACGUGGGCAAGACCAACAGGAGCGGAGCCCCGCCCUUGCAUUUUGCUGCACUCGAGAACCAUCAAGAAGUUGUAUCGCUCUUGUUGGACGCUGGAGCUGACCCAGACGCCGACACUUGCAACAUAUCUAUCCUGAGGCUGGCUACACAGACGAGGAAUAAAGGGCUCGCGAGUCUCAUGCCAUGCUGA